GUCCCCUCCGCCCCUCUCUGAGGCAAAGCAGAAAUCAGAUGCUCUGUGAUUAAUCGUGGAGGAUUCAGGACACGACCACAAACGCUGUGCGGACUUGAAAUUAGCUGCCUUUUCCCAGUCCCCCUGCCAAAAUGGGAGUGGGGGGUGGGACGUGAAGGGGUGGGGGCCCCGCCUGCAGGGGGCCAGCAUGGAAUUCCCCCCGGCAGAGCUGGGAGUGACACUGACAAGCAAUCGGCCGCGUCCAGAGCAGCAGGCGGCAUCCGGGGGGAGCGGGGCCGGCUGGGGGGCCCCAGGAGGGCUUCCUGGAACCCCAGCUCCAUGGCCGCCUGCACCCUGACACAGGCCAGAUAAGAGUCCCGGCUGCAUUAUCAGAGCCCGGCAGGACACUGGCCCCCCUGCACCAGAAGGAAGACUGGGGGCGCAGCAGGUCCUCAAGGCGAUCUUCCCAGAGAGCGGGACCCGCGGCUGGUGGCCAGAGUGGAUGGACUUUGCCGAGCCCUAGCUCAAGUCCGGGAGUCCCGGGCCAGAUGGGGGCAGACGCUUGCUGGCGGCAAUAGAGAAAGUGAGGCAGCUGCAAGGAGGGCGGCCGGACUGCACUUGAGUGUCCAGACCUGCUCGAUGGUGACCAUCAUGUCAGUGAGGUUGCGGUUCCUGUCCCCUGGGGACACAGGGGCUGUGGGGCUCGUGGGCCGGAGUGCCUCCUUCGCGGGCUUCAGCAGCACACAGAGCCGGAGGAUUGCAAAGUCCAUCAACAGGAACUCCGUGAGAUCGCGAAUGCCUGCAAAAUCCUCCAAGUUGUAUGGCACGCUGCGAAAGGGGUCGGUCUGUGCAGACCCCAAGCCCCAGCAGGUGAAGAAGAUCUUCGAAGCAUUGAAAAGAGGCCUCAAGGAGUAUCUGUGUGUGCAGCAGGCUGAGCUGGACCACCUGUCUGGACGCCACCAGGACACCAGGAGGAAUUCCAGGCUGGCUUUCUAUUACGACCUGGACAAGCAAACGCGCUGUGUGGAAAGGCACAUUCGGAAGAUGGAGUUUCACAUCAGCAAGGUGGACGAGCUGUACGAGGACUACUGCAUCCAGUGCCGCCUGCGCGACGGUGCCUCCAGCAUGCAGCGGGCCUUCGCCAGGUGCCCCCCAAGCCGCGCGGCCCGAGAGAGCCUGCAGGAGCUGGGCCGCAGCCUGCACGAGUGCGCCGAGGACAUGUGGCUCAUCGAGGGGGCCCUGGAGGUUCACCUGGGCGAGUUCCACAUCCGGAUGAAAGGCUUGGUGGGCUACGCACGCCUCUGUCCCGGAGACCACUAUGAGGUGCUCAUGCGUCUGGGCCGCCAGCGCUGGAAGCUCAAGGGUCGGAUCGAGUCAGAUGACAGUCAGACCUGGGAUGAAGAGGAGAAGGCCUUCGUCCCCACGCUGCAUGAGAACCUGGACAUCAAGGUGAUGGAGCUGCGGGGCCUGGGCUCGCUGGCUGUGGGUGCAGUGACGUGUGACAUCGCCGACUUCUUCACGACACGGCCGCAGGUCAUCGUGGUGGACAUCACGGAGCUGGGUACCAUCAAGUUGCAGCUGGAGGUGCAGUGGAACCCGUUUGAUACUGAGAGCUUCCUGGUGUCACCCAGCCCCAUAGGCAAGUUUUCUAUGGGCAGCAGGAAGGGCUCCUUGUACAACUGGACACCCCCGAGCACCCCCAGCUUCCGGGAGAGAUACUACCUGUCUAUCCUACAGCAGCCAACACAGCAGGCCUUGCUACUGGGUGGCCCAAGAGCCACCUCCAUCCUCAGCUACUUGUCUGACAGCGACCUCCGGGGUCCCAGCCUAAGAAGCCAGAGUCAGGAGUUGCCUGAGAUGGACUCCUUCAGCUCUGAGGACCCCCGAGACACGGAGACCAGCACGUCAGCGUCCACCUCAGAUGUGGGCUUCCUGCCCUUGGCCAUCGGCCCCCACGCCUCCAUUGAAGAGGAGGCCCAGGAGGACCCUCUGUCCCCAGGUCUCCUGCCAGAGAUGGCCCACCUCUCGGGAGGUCCAUUUGCAGAGCAGCCUGGCUGGAGGAACCUAGGAGUGGAGAGCCCCAGCCUGCCACAGGGCUCCCUGUUCCACAAUGGCACAGCCCCAAGUAGCCAGAAAGGCCACGAGGAAGGGGCAACCGGGGACAGAGAGGAGGGGCCUGGCGUGGCCCUCGAGGGGCCUCUGCAGGAGGUCCUGGAGUUGCUGAGGCCCACGGACUCCACCCAGCCCCAGCUCCGGGAGCUGGAGUACCAGGUCCUAGGUUUCCGGGACCGGCUGAAGCCCUGCAGAGCACGGCAGGAGCAUGACUCGGCCGAGAGCCUGAUGGAGUGCAUCCUGGAAAGCUUCGCCUUCCUCAAUGCCGACUUCGCCCCAGAUGAGCUAUCCCUGUUUGGGGGCUCCCAGGGUCCCCGAAAGGACCGGCCCCUGCCCCCACCAUCAUCACUGAAAACGUCAUCCAGGGAACUCACAGCUGGUGCCCCGGAGUUGGACGUGCUGCUGACGGUACACCUUCGAGUCUGCAAAGCUCUGCUGCAGAAACUGGCCUCCCCUAAUUUAUCAAGGCUGGUCCAGGACUGCCUCCUGGAAGAAGUGGCACAGCAAAAGCAUGUUCUGGAGACACUUUCUGUCCUUGACUUUGAGAAGGUUGGCAAGGCAACAUCCAUCCAAGAGAUCAUCCCACAGGCCUCGCAGAGGAAGGGGUGCCUGAAGCUGUGGAGAGGGUGCACAGGGCCUGGUAGAGUCCUGUCCUGCCCUGCCACGAAGCUGCUGAACCAGCUCAAGAAAACCUUCCUGCACAGAGUCAGAGGGAAGUACCCAGGACAGCUGGAAAUAGUAUGCCGCAGGCUCCUGGAGCAGGUGGUCAGCUGUGGUGGGCUGCUCCCCGGAGCUGGGCUCCCCGAAGAACAGACCAUCACCUGGUUCCAGUUUCACGGCUACCUGCAGAAGCAGAGUGUCUCUGACCUGGAGAAGCACUUCACCCAGCUCACUAAGGAAGUAACACUCAUCGAGGAGCUUCACUGCGCAGGGCAGGCCAAGGCAGUCCGGAAGCUGCAGGGGAAGCGGCUGGCCCAGCUCCAGCCCCUGCCCCAGACCUUAAGAGCUUGGGCACUGCUCCAGCUGGACGGCACUCCGAGGGUGUGCAGGGUGGCCAGUGCUCGCCUGGCGGGUGCAGUCAGGAACAAAAGCUUCCGGGAAAAGGCUCUGCUCUUCUACACCAACGCCCUGGCAGAGAACGAUGCAAGGCUCCAGCAGGCCGCGUGCCUGGCACUCAAAGAGCUCAAGGGCAUUGAAAGCAUCGACCAGAUUGCCAGCCUGUGCCAGUCUGACCUGGAGGCCGUGCGGGGGGCAGCCCGGGAAACCACACUCUCGUUCGGUGAAAAGGGACGGUUAGCUUUUGAGAAGAUGGACAAGCUCUGCUCAGAACAAAGGGAAGUCUUUUGCCAGGAGGCAGACGUUGAAAUCACAAUAUUUUAAAAAAUCCUGGUUGAUGAGCAGAAAUCGCACAUCGGUCUUUUUGCCGCUGCCCGGCUUGGACAUAGCCUGCGCGCUAGGUAAUGGUGCUGUGCACUCCUCCAGGAGUGUGAGCUGUCCAGUGCUCUGCCUGAGGCUCCGGCCACUGACCCAGCCCCAGGGCAUGGGCUGGUCUUUUGUACAGAAGCAGAAAAAAGCAAGGCAGGGGCUGUCAGGCCUCAGUGGAGCGCUCGACUUCUGGCUGAGGGUCUGUGUGACCUUCCCAGAGAUGCAGAGCGGAGCCGCACUAGGUGGCCACCUACAAAAGGGCCAAGGCCAGGCAAGUUGAGGCCCUAAAUAAAAGGCUCCAAGACAAGUGUGUAGAACUCCAGGCCUCCCUGCCGGUCAGCUGCUCGGCACUUCUGGGUCAAGAGGCGCUGGGAUGCAGCAGGCUGGCAGGUGGCUGGCCCUGUUAAUGCAAGACUGCUCAGGUCAUUUCAGCAGCAGCCAAGUGUCACCUUGGUGAGCUGGGGAAGGUGGGAAGGCACAAAGCCAGGGUUUCUACAACCACUCUCAGCCUGACCUGCAGCCAGAGUGCCGGUGGAACUCAGACAGCCGCUGGUGGACUGAGAACCUCAUUUUCCCCAUGUUCAGCAGCACAAACGGAAGCAGCCACCGCAUCAGCCCCGCAGCCCUGAGUAGCACGGGCAGUAGGGCCACUCACUUUGGCCAUCCGCACCCAAACGCAAUCAAUCCAGCUUCGGAAGCUACCCUAGGGUCUCGUCAAUAAACCGCUACAGAAGCCAUCAACUAGCCUGAAGAAAGUUCACUGAAGAACACACUGCUUUAAAGAAAGAAAAUUAGUUUCCUAUUUAAGUCUUAAAAAAAGCAAACCAUGUCCUGAGAUGUCUGUGUUAAUAGUGCAGACAGAACCUAGGGUUUGAGGUUGCUGUAGCAAUGGCAUUGGAGAACUUGAACAUUCUCAUCGAUACUUCCUGUACAUAUUUUGUGCUUUUUUGGUUUAACUUAGUAUUUAUUUGCCUUGUUCAUAUGUUCCAUUUUCUGAAAUUUCAAUUAAACUAUUUUAAUUGGUGUUUCACUUUUUACCCAAAA